UGCCCCUAUAUAUACAAUACACCCUAAUUAUAAGAAGAGUGUAAGUAAUCCCUUCAUUUCUGUGUAUUCCCCAAACAAACAAAAGAUGGCUAGUUUUGCAUCAGCUUUCAUCUUUCUGUUAAUACCGUUGCUCCUCCAUUUCCCUUAUGGGGAAAGUGAGAUACAGAGCAAUUACUACUCAGAGAGUUGCCCGAGAGCAGAAGAGAUCAUAAAGGAGCAAGUGACCGCCCUUUACCACAAGCACGGAAACACCGCCAUUUCCUGGAUCAGAAAUCUCUUCCAUGACUGCGUUGUUAAGUCAUGCGAUGCAUCCCUGCUAUUGGAGAGUGCUAAUGGCGUGGAAUCGGAGAAGGCCACGUCGAGGAGCUUCGGGAUGAGAAACUUCAAGUAUAUCCAAACAAUCAAACACGCUCUCGAGAAGGAGUGCCCCUCCACCGUCUCUUGUGCUGACAUCGUUGCUCUCUCAGCCAGAGACGGAGCAGUCAUGUUGGGAGGGCCAUAUAUAGAGAUGAAGACCGGCAGAAAAGACAGCAAGGUAAGCUAUGCCGCACAAGUUGAGAGCUCCAUCCCCAAUCACAACGACACCGUUUCUGCAGUCCUUUCCACCUUCCAAUCUAUCGGCAUUGAUACCCUAGGAACAGUUGCUCUAUUAGGGGCGCACUCAGUGGGGCGAGUCCACUGCAUCAACCUGGUGCAGAGGCUGUACCCGACGGUUGACCCGACCCUGGACCCAGACUACGCAGAGUAUCUGAAAAAGAGAUGCCCGUCCCCGAACCCGGAUCCGAACGCGGUGCUGUACUCAAGAAACGACCGGGAGACGCCGAUGGUGCUGGACAACAUGUACUACAACAACAUACUGAAGCACAAGGGGCUGUUGGCGGUGGAUCAGCAGUUGGUUUCGGAUCCGAAUACUUACCCUUUCGUCCAAAAGAUGGCUGCGGACAAUGGAUACUUCCACGAUCAGUUCGCCAAGGCUCUCCUCAUCUUGUCAGAGAACAAUCCUCUGACUGGGGAUGAAGGAGAGAUUAGAAAGGAUUGUCGAUUUGUCAACAUAAAUUGAUGUGUAUUACCUGAAUCAAUGGCCAUCAUGUAAUAAUCUAUUUCUCCUCUUGGAUCCUUUUCA